GCGAUUGACGCAAAGUUUUGAGGUUAAUAAUAACAUUACUAAAGUCAGCUAAAGUCUGCUGACUAUUAUUUUUCAUUUACCUGUUUACCUUAUUUAAUUUUCAUAAUUUUUAAUGACAAUGAUUUUAUUUUGAAGUUUAUUUUGUCAAAUAAUUGUGUAUGUUUUCAAAUCCAAAAUUUAGAAUGGUCUCAAUAGGUACGGCAGUUUCAAAAUUAUUCGUAAAAUCGAAUUGUCAGCGGUUCAAACUCUUCCAAAGGAAAUUGUUGUUAAGAAGCUACAAUACCAUCAAAAGAAAGACCGCUAAAGAUGAAAAUUUCCUAUCCAAAUACUUAUAUAAUAAAAUCAAAGCCAAGGGACCUAUUACGGUAGCUGAUUACAUGAAAGACGUAUUACAAAAUCCAGUUUCCGGAUAUUACAUAUCGAAAGACAUGUUUGGAGAAAGCGGAGAUUUUGUAACAUCUCCAGAAAUAUCACAGAUCUUUGGAGAAAUGCUAGCAGUAUGGUUCUUAAAUGAGUGGUCUAAAAUAGGGUUUCCCAAACCAUUACAGAUAAUAGAAAUGGGGCCAGGCAGAGGCACUUUAAGUAGCGAUAUUUUGAAAGUCUUCAGUCAUUUUAAGGCUUUGCACAAUGUAUCGUUACAUUUAGUUGAAAUUAGCCCAGUUUUAAGUGAGCUUCAAGCUAAAAGCUUAUGUUCUUCAAGCUUUUUAACGAAUAAUAUGUCUAAUCCGAUAUAUAGAGAAGGUAUUUCACAUCAAGGUAUCUCUGUAUAUUGGUAUAAACAGCUGAAAGAUAUACCAGAUGGCUUCAGUAUUAUUUUGGCUCAUGAAUUUUUUGAUGCCUUACCUAUUCAUAAGUUUCAUAAAACUUAUGCUGGAUACAAAGAAGUUCUUAUUGAUAUUGAUAAGAUUGAAAGCGAAGAAAUCAAGUUUAGAUAUGUGUUGGCUCGUCAGGAUACGCCAAUGCUUAAGGUUCUUGUGAAACCGAAUGAAAACAGGGAGCAUGUUGAAGUAUCCCCAGAUAGUAUGCUUAUAUACGAACAAAUCUGUAGGAGAAUAGUAUCUAGCGGUGGUAUAGCUCUUAUUUGUGACUAUGGUCACGAUGGUACGGGUACUGACACUUUUAGGGCCUUCAAAAAGCACAAGCAAGUCGACCCUUUAGUACAACCUGGCACAUCAGAUCUUACAGCAGAUGUUGACUUUAAUGUAAUCAGAGAGGUAGCUUACAAUUACGGCGAUAUAAUAUAUCUAGGACCGAUUAAGCAACGGAACUUCUUGCACAGGAUCGGUAUCGAAUACAGGGUGAACGCUUUAAAAGAGAACAUGACCGAUAAAAAACAGAUCGAUAAUUUAAUUGCGUGUUAUAAUUUCUUGACUGAUGAAGAAAAAAUGGGGGAAAGGUUCAAGUUUUGUGCCCUCGUACCGUCAACGUUAAAAAAAAUUAUUGACAUGCAUCCCAUUGUUGGUUUCAUGUAAUAACUUAUGCUUGUUAAAAUUGUGUUAAUAAAAUUUAUAUUUCAAAGA